AUGACUCCCAGAGAAUCAACAAAAGAAGUAAAAACAUCAGGAUUCGAGCCCACCAACUUGUGCGAAGCCUGCAAAAAUCUGAUACUUGACGAUAGGAAGAUUGUUGAGAACGCUGGAGCCCGCCUCAAAAAUAUUCAGCCAUUAAAUGAGGUUUUUGGCUUUAACAAACUAAAUUUUAGGGGUGUGCCAGGAGCCAAUGUCAUCGUCGAUACUCUGGAUUUCCACCAAUAUGACGAGCUCCCACAUUUGCCCAGACUGGCCGCAUCUGCUGAAGCGGGAUGCCACUUCUGUGCUUUUCUCAGAACAGCGAUAUCUAAUCAGUACCCUAUGAGCGACAGCGACUGCAAUGACGCCAGGAUGGAGAUAGCGUUCCAUUACAUAUGGCAACGGAGUAAGCAAGCGCAAAUGUUGGGUAGUAGCUUGGGGAUAUGGUUGAGAGCUCUCGUAGUGGACUUAACAAUUUCAUUGCAUUCAGGAGUCUUGGGAUUUGAGAAGAUAAUCUUUCUAACAGAAGCUCCACCAGAUCCAGAAAAUCCACGUCUAGUUAUUGUCAAAGGUCAUUCUCCGCGAAAUAAUUUCAACUACAGGAAAGUCAAAUAUGCGGCUCUAAGCUAUUGCUGGGGUCCCCCAGAAGAUGCAGAGUCGAUGCUAAAGACCACUAAAGAAUCUCUGCAGAGCAGGCUCUCCGGUAUUGUAAAGGGUGAAAUGCCUCUGGUCUUUCGGGAUGCAAUCUCAGUAUGCGAGAAAUUGGCUAUCCCUUACCUGUGGAUCGAUGCACUUUGCAUUGUUCAAGAUGACGAAAAAGAAUGGCAACAAGAAGCAUCUCAAAUGGGCAAGGUCUAUGAGAAUGCUUUUGUUACUAUCGUUCCCUCUGCCUCAGAUUCUUGCAAAGAAGGCUUUGUUCAGCGUUCUCGAAAGACACUUGAAGUGCCAUUUAGGUCGACUAUUCGACAAGAAAUACACGGAGAAUAUUAUCUGCGACAAGUUACAAGCCUGGACUUGGAUUUACAUUUGGCUCAGUAUAAAUACUACUUGGAAGACAACUUUACUCGCUGGGACUCACGUGGCUGGACAUUUCAGGAAAAAGCUCUAAGCAGAAGGAUUCUCAAAUUUGGACCGUCAAUGGUUUCUUAUGAUUGUCCUAAAUGGCGCCGCUCGGAGAUGGAAGAUAAAAGACGCGAGAGCUCCGGGGGAUGGUCCAAACCACCGGUUUUGAGCUUAACUGCGCCUGAGUCUUACACAGCUUGGAAUGAUAUUACAGGAAAUUUUGCUAAACGACACUUUCGAUAUCGAAAGGACAUAUUUCCAGCAAUAUCAGAUAUGGCCCAGCGCUUUGCUAAAGCGAACAAGGAUAAGUAUGUUGCUGGGUUAUGGCGCGGGGACUUAUUCCGGGGGCUUUUAUGA